AUUCUGGAAACCCGCCACUUCAAUUUGACGUUGUCAACUUGACGUUUCUAAAGUGAGGUUAGGGUUUGUUUAUUUUUGAAAAUUCGCCUGAUUUUUGUAAUAAAAUGAGGAAUUUGAGUUUAAAGAGGAAACUACGAUCAUUGUAUAUUGUUACUGCGAGCGGAUUAGGGGCAUAUGUGGCUAUAAGUCUGUAUAAAAACAAUGAAAAGUUUUACAGAAACGUUGUAAUGCCUUUAGUACAUUUGCUGGAGCCUGAGCAAGCCCACCGGCUCGGGGUUAUAGUCAGUAAAUACCGCCUUGUCCCCUCAACUAAUUACAAAGACCCCGAGUCUUUGAAAAUUACUCUUUUCAAUAAAGUUUUCCCAAACCCAAUUGGCAUCGCUGCCGGUUUUGACAAACACGCCGAAGCGGUAAUGGGUUUGAAAGACAUUGGUUUUGGUUUCAUUGAAAUAGGUUCAGUGACACCCCAGCCUCAGCCAGGCAAUAACAAACCGCGAGUUUUCCGCCUGUCUGAAGACCUUGCUGUUAUAAACAGAUACGGGUUCAACAGCGACGGCCACGAGACCGUUUUACACCGACUUAUUAAUUUGAGACAAACCAAAAAAUGUGAUACUAUACUAGGGGUCAAUUUAGGAAAAAACAAGACUUCAGACGACGCUAUCAAUGACUACGUCAUUGGUAUUAAAAAAUUAGGGCCAGUUGCUGACUACCUUGUUAUCAAUGUUAGCAGUCCUAACACGCCCGGCUUAAGGACAAUGCAAGACAAAAACGUACUAAAAAAUCUAUUAAAAAGUGCCAAAGAGGCACGUGAUAGCCUCCCUGAGGGGGCCAGACCCCCACUAUUACUUAAACUAGCGCCCGACUUGUCCUACAGUGAGCUCAAAGACAUUGCAAAUGUGGUGAGGCAAAAAGACACGAAAAUUGAUGGGCUUAUAAUUUGCAAUACGACAGUUGAAAGGCCACAAUUUCUGCAUAAUGACAGGAAAGGGGAGACAGGGGGGCUGAGUGGCAAGCCUUUGAGAGAGGCCUCCACUAAGUUAAUCGCAGAAAUGUACAAACUGACACGGGGGGAAAUACCGAUUAUAGGUGUUGGCGGUGUUUUUACCGGCCGAGACGCCUACGAAAAAAUCAAAGCUGGGGCUAGUGUUGUACAAUUGUACACAAGUCUGGUGUAUGAGGGGCCCCCGGUUGUUGCCAAAAUUAAACGGGAGCUAGUGGAGUUGUUGGCCGAUGAUGGGUUUAAAAACGUUUCGGAGGCUGUGGGGUGCAGUGUUAAAUAAUUUUAUUAUUUGAUUAACUUUUCCAAUAAAUUUAAUAUCAAAAA